ACUGAAGAAGGAAGCUAAGAAGAAAGCACUUGCUAACGGCAAGGAUGCUUCUUCUAAGACGUCCAAGAGCCAUUCUUCUGAUGAGGAUAUUAGCCCCAAGCAUGAAGAGAAUGUGCUGGAUGUGGAUGAGGAUGAAAACGACGAUGAUGAUGGUGUCCAGUGGCAAACCGAUACUUCCAGAGAAGCUGCUGAGAAAAGAAUGAAAGAACAGUUGAGUGCUGUAACUGCGGAGAUGGUGAUACUCUGUCCAAGGGAAGCAAUAGAGAAAAAGGCCCCCAUAAGCAAAUCUAACGGGGAUGUUGUGAAUGCUGAGAAUCCUCCACAAGAGGAGAAGAAUCUCGUGCAGGAGAUGAAAGAGUAUCUGAAGAAAGGCUCACCGAUUAGCGAGCUCAAAAGUUUCAUCUCAUCUCUCUCUGAGCCUCCACAGGAUGUCAUGGACGCACUCUUCAAUGCCCUCUUUGACGGCGUGGGAAAAGGAUUCGCUAAAGAAGUGACUAAGAAGAAGAAUUACUUAGCGGCUGCAGCAGCAACAACACAAGAAGAUGGAUCACAGAUGCAUCUGCUCAACUCAAUCGGAACAUUCUGUGGAAAGAAUGGAAACGAAGAAGCA